AUGUCACAGAGACUUGAACAAGUGGGUGUUCCAGAUACUUCAGUGGGAGUAGCUAUAAAGAUAUAAGAACAAACCCCAAAUCAAGAACUCAAACAAGUCAAAAAAGCUUCCAUUGAACAACUCGUCUUCAUCAGAUCAGAGACAUGUCCUCAAAUCAGGUUGAGAUUGCCGCCCUCGGCCGGCCUUUCGCCUUGGGAAUGCUGUAUGAUGCUCGCAAAGAUCAGCUGAUAACAGGUUUCACGCUUUGCAACACAGAAACAAUCAAGAAGAACAGUUCUACUAAGGGUCAGAACAGCAGCUCUUAUCACGUUACUGCAUCCGACACCCUUGAAUCCAAGUCUUCUCUGCUGGACGUGAAUGUGUCGCUUAAAGCCAGUAUCCUGGGUGGUCUGGUUGAGGUUGGAGGAUCGGCCAGUUAUCUGAAUGAUAAGAAAAAAUUCAAGAACCAGAGCAGAAUCACCCUUCAGUACAAAGCCACAACUACAUAUGAGCAUCUGUCUCUGUCUCACAUUGACAAGAAGGAACUGGAUGCUAAAUGUUUUAGUCCAGAUCUCAGUGCAACACAUGUCGUGACAGGCAUACUCUACGGAGCAAAUGCCUUCUUUGUGUUUGACAGUGAGAAGUUAGACUCAAGCAGUCUUCAGAAGAUUGGGGCCAGCGCAGAAGUUGCGAUUAACAAAAUUCCAGGCUUUAGUUUUGAGGCGAAAGUUAAAGUAGAGCUCACUGAUGAAGAAAAAGCUGUAACUAAUAAGUUCUCCUGCAAAUUCUACGGAGACCUAAUUCUCGACAAGAACCCUGCAACCUUUGAGGACGCAGUGAAGACGUACUCCAGGCUUCCAGAGCUCCUUGGAAAAAAUGGAGAGAAUUCAGUUCCUAUUAAAGUCUGGCUGACUCCUCUGAAGGAUCUGGAACCAUCUGCAUCAGAGCUGAUGGGAGACUUUUCUGUUGGUUUGGUCAGAAAAGCAACUGACACUCUGGAAAGUAUCAGAGAAAUGGAAAUGAGAUGCAAUGAGGCUCUGGAUGAGAAAGUGGUGGAAUGUUUUCCAGAGCUUUAUAAAAAGCAUAAGCGCUUCCAUAAUCUCUGCAAUGACUAUACAACAAUGCUCAGACAAACCAUGCAGAAGAAGAUUCCCCUGAUUCGUGAAGGUAAAGAAGAUGAAAAGUCUGUAGAGAAACUCCUUGAUGACCACAAAAAGUCUCCAUUCAGUGAGGAAAACUUAGAUAAGUGGUUAGAUAACGCAGAGAGAGAAAUCAACAUUAUCAAAUCAUGUGCAGAUAUUAUGGAGGGAGUCAAGACGGUCCCAGAUGAGUCUGAUUUGGACAGAGAAGCUCUGGCUGCAGGUGUAGAAAAUGCUCUCUGCUUUGUUUUCACCUCUGUGGAAACUGAUGACCCCUUCACUGAGCAGAUGACCAACUAUUUGAGCAGAGAUAAGGCAGCACCCCCACCCAGUGUGACUGCACCCACUAAGGACCACUGGUUCUUCUCCAAUGAGAUUGUAACCAACAUGAGGAAAAAGGCCAAAGAGUUCUACACCAUUGCCAAAAACCUGAAAAGCAGCAGCAAAUUUCGUUUCCUUAUAGCAGUUCUUCCAAAUAAGAAAUUCAAAGGAGCAACCAUCUACCAGUACAUGGAGGGCCUUCUAAAAACUGAAGACUUCUCAAAACCUGUUAUUACUGAUGUCACAGCCAACUUAGAUCGAAGAGUUCUGUUAUAUUACUACUGUGAUCUUACCUUGGACCCAAACACAGCCACUGACUCUCUUGAACUUUCUGAGGGAAACAAGAAGGUGAGGCUCACUGCGGAUACUCCUCAGGAUGGCUCAGUUCCUCAUGUUCUGUGCACAGAAGGCCUGACUGGUCGUCAUUACUUUGAGGUCACAUGGACCCCAGGUGGCUCCACAUACACUGGUGUAGUUCUUGCAUGCACUGGUGGAAAACCUGGAAAGCAAAAAACAUUUGAGCAUUAUCACAAAUAUUAUACUUUGCGUUGUCUGUACGGAAUGUACUUGGCACACGAUAGCCAAACCAUGAGCUAUCCAGUUCAUCCACCAGAAGGAUGCAACAGGUUUGGGGUGUAUCUGGACUAUCCUGUUGGUACUGUGUCCUUCUUUGCUGUAUGGGGAAAAACUCUGCAUCACCUGCACACCUUUAAAUACAACUUCACUGAACCAGUUUACCCAGGUCUUUACAUGAUACUGAAAGAUAACUACGCAGCCUUCUGCCCAGCUGAAUAACUGAUCAUCAGAUGUCGGUGAUGGGCUUAGUUUGGUCACGAUUUGUUGUGCAGCUAAAAGUGAAGCAAAUUAAAAACAUGAGAUGUUUAGUUUGCUGUAGGGUUUUAUUUCAUUAUCUAAAUCUAUCAGCUUGUCAAAUCUUAGGGCACUAUUUUUGGAUAUAGAUGCGGUGUAUGUUUUGUUUUGUUAUGUAAAACUUACGUGGAGCUUGAGAUUUUUUUAUUCAGUUUUGUGUUGAGGCUAACGCAUGUCUUUUUGUGUUUAUCAGUUUUGUGUUUUUGUUCACCGCUGUAAAACAAAUUAAAUUUAUGUAUCAUGUAAAACAUUGAGCCACACGUAAAUGAUUAAAUAACCAAAGUAGUGAGUAAGAUAAAACCAUAGUCCAUGUUUUUCUGACAUUUAAUGCUGGAUUUUUAGAUAUUGUUGUCUUAGUUUUGUGUUUCAAGGAAAUGCGCUGCAUGCUGUCUUUGGCUGUGUGUAAUGCUGCCCCCUGGUGGAAAUAAUCAAUAAAGCUGGAUCCUGAGUUGAA